AGCUUGUACAACAAGGAGCAGGAGUUCCGCGCAUGGCUCGUGGAAGAGCGUAAAAUCAAUCCCGAAACCACCUCGAAAGACCAAACGAAAAAGGAGUUCGCUCGUUUCGUCGAAGACUUCAACACUGCCACGCUCCCCCACGAGAAGUUUUACAACAUGGAUGAGUACGAGCGCCGCAUGGCUUCCAUUCGUGCCGGAGAGUAUGUUCCUCCCGCGACCGACUCCUACGACCCCAACGCGGACAUGCGUGCGCUUCAAAGCUCGCACAAGCGACGCCCGGUGGAGACGGACACGUAUAUGAACAAGGAGCAGUUGAUGGAGCUGCGCAGAGUGCAGCAGGAGCGUAUACAGGCCGGGAAGAUGAAGCUGCUGGGGAUGGACAUCAAGCAGAACAUGGGCGUGCGGAUGGACGGGACGAUGUUCGAUGGCUGA